AUGUCGACUUCGGCCCGUAACCCUACGCGCGGGCGUCGCUUAGAUGACGCCCUCUCCCAGUUGGUCGAUGGGCUAACCCCCGCGCUCCCGAUCUCCGCGAUCCGAAACGAAGAUUACUCCGACGAAGAAGAAGCCCUCGCCUCCGCUGAGAACCGCCGACACCAUGUUCUCAUGGAGCGGGCCUGGCGAAUUCUUGAUACCCAUCCCACCACCAAUGCCCCCGACCCCGGAUCGCCAGCGGGGCUGGGAGGGCGCCGCGGAAGCUUUUCGGGAACAGAGAGUGUCAACAACGCGCCAGACCUCAUUAAGCGCAAACUGCGCCGUGAGAAUGAAAGUCCAGAUAAGGCGGUGCGGUUUUCUAAUCUUUAUUCCCGACUUCUGACGCAGCCUGUAUUGUCGCAGAAAUGGGGCAUCCUUUUCUUGCUUUACAAGUUAUCGGCUUCGAAUGAGCCGGCGGAGGGCGGGGAGAGGAGCCGCAGUCCAUUGCUGGAUGAGGCGCAUUUGCAUAAUAUGCUGGGAAAGGGUGGUGCACGACCCAGACGGGGCACGGCGAUUGACUCGGAGGAUGAGGGGCCGGCUGUUAGUUCUUCGGCCUCGCAAGUAUAUCAACGAGCACCACCGGCGAAAGUGGAACAGCAAAGCUCCUUGCGGCAUGAUAUUGAUCGUGAUGAAGUAAACGAUGCUAGUCGCAGUGCAACAGAAAGACCGGUCAGUCGUGUUGACACUGGCGCAAACGACCGUUAUAAUGAUGAGCGCGCGCGUGUCCCGUCACCCCGGCCCUCAAGUGUUGGCCAAAUCAAAUCUGCUGGGCCAAUUGAACAUCAACUUUUGCGCGACUUGCCGUUCAACUUGCAAGGCUUGUCUUCAUCAAACCUACAGUUCAGCUCCCCAUCGAGCUUGAAAUUGCCCUCAAAUCUGCCUGCGCCAAUAAUCUCACUUCUCAACUCGUUGGCGGAGCCUUGUUUACUAUAUAAAGGUCUAUCAGUAUUCGUUGAGAGCGAAGAAGGGGGGCUCGUGAACCAGAGCCUGCGAGCUUCCAUUGCGAUUGAGUUACGGGCGUAUCUCAGUUUAGUGGCUACACUAGAGGCGGAAAUUCGGCAGGCGCUGGCCGCAAUCGGAGAUGGAACCGAGUCCCAAGGCAUACGAAAGGGCAGUGUUACUCUGAAACGAUGCGUGGUAUGGACGAGAGAUGCCACAAUGGCUCUCCGACUGAUGAGUUUGAUUGUGGAAGAGGCUCAAAGUAAAAGAGGCGGCCAAUUGAUUUCAUUGAUACAUGGCUUUUCUACAUCUCAUGGAGACCCUUUCGUGUGUGCCUUCGCCGAAAAGCUUCUCGCACAUGUGACUCGUCCAUUUUACGACAUGCUACGGCUAUGGAUUUACGACGGUGAGCUGUCGGAUCCAUACAAGGAAUUUUUUGUCGCAGAUCCAGAGUUCAGGCCGAAGACUGAUCCCCGACGAAUUGCAACAAGUGUCUGGGAGGAUAAAUAUAAGCUUGAUGAUGAUAUGGUGCCGUCAAUCAUUACACAGGAGUUCUCAAAGAAGAUUUUCCUGAUUGGAAAAUCUCUCAACUUUAUUCGCUAUGGAUGCAGUGAUUCCGCGUGGGUGGAGGCCUAUUCCAAGAAAGCCUCCAAGGAGCUACGAUAUGGUGAUACCGCCACUCUAGAAAUAUCCAUUGACGAGGCAUAUAAGACAACAAUGGCUCGAUUAAUUUCCCUGAUGAGUGGAAAGUUCAAUCUCUUCGAUCACUUGAAAGCACUGAAGAGCUACUUAUUGCUGGGCCAAGGAGACUUCAUUGCUUUGCUCAUGGAGUCCCUUGCCUCCAACCUGGAUCGACCAGCUAAUUCUCAAUACCGACAUACCUUGACCGCACAAUUGGAGCAUGCUAUCCGUGCUUCCAAUGCACAAUACGAUACCCCAGAAGUGCUACGCCGACUUGAUGCCCGUAUGCUCGAGCUGAGCCAUGGUGAGAUUGGGUGGGACUGCUUCACGCUCGAAUACAAAAUCGAUGCCCCUGUGGACGUGGUCAUCACACCUUGGGCAUCGACUCAGUACCUGAAAGUUUUCAACUUCCUCUGGCGUAUCAAGCGAGUUGAAUUUGCACUGAACAGCACCUGGCGACGAUGCAUGACCGGCGCGCGAGGAGUGCUCGGCAAUGUGGAAGACAAAGUCGGACCAGACUGGAAGCUAGCACGAUGCGUAAUCGCAGAAAUGAUACACUUCGUCAACCAGCUUCAAUAUUAUAUUUUGUUUGAGGUCAUCGAGUCCAGCUGGGAACAGCUUUUAGAAGCUACCCGAAAACCUGGGUGCACAUUGGACGAUCUGAUCGAAGCACACACCAAAUACCUCAACUCUAUCACCCACAAGGGCCUAUUGGGAUCUGCAUCUUCCUCACGUUACGCCACCUCAACCUCAAAUUCCGCCAAACAACCUGAAGAAAGCUUUCUCAGCCAGCUCCACCAGAUCCUCAAGUUCAUGCUUGCUUACAAGGACGCCGUGGACGGGCUGUACUCCUUCUCUGUGGCGGAGUUCACUCGCCGCCAGGAGAUGAACGCCAAGAUUGAAACCCGCGCCGCUCAGGGUCAAUGGGGCGCUACGGACCGGGAUCUUCGUCAGUCCAACAGCCGAGGUGGAACAUCUAUGGCAUCGACUCCUGACAUCCGACCUGACAGUGCUGGCGUUGACGGCGUCAACACCCCGCUGUCACUCUCAGGUCCGAACCUCACAGCUGACGACAACAUGCUUGCCUCGCUACGUGUUCGCUUGGGCGAACUCUCCACCGAAUUCAGAUCCCGUCUUAUUGUUCUUCUGGGUGAUCUAUCGUACCAGCCGGAUGUGGAUAUGCGUUUCCUGGGCGUUGUGAUGAAUUUCAAUGAUGUCUAUGAACUUCCUAAGAGGCGAAAGGCAGCUGGCCCGAGCGCAAGAGAUAAGGAAAGGGAAAAGGAGAGGGAGAAGGAGAAGGCGAAACGAAGAGCUGCAGCAUCAGUGGCCGCUACAGGUUCUGGGACCGAGAGCAUUGCUCAAAAGGAGGUCCGAAGAGAAAGGAGAGAUACUGGGACGAAUGAGCAGGCUUAUGGAAACGGGUCAUAG